AUGGCGCCUCGUGAGAAAAGCUCACUGAAGCGGGGACUUGUCAAUGUCGAUGCCGACUCGCAAGAUCAGAAGAAACCUCGCCGCUCUCAAAGAAUCUCAAGCCAGGUUCAAACUGAGACGCCAGUCGACCACCAGUAUCUACCCACCCCGCUUACACAUGGUCACUCUGUCGCUACGGACAUUCGCAAUGAAGUUACAGUGACUCCCCCAGACAGCCCGAGUCAAGCUCGACUUCGCGAACAGUCUUCACCUCUUCGCGAGUUAUCACCAGAGGCCUCUUCACCACCAGCGGAUGCGACACAGGCACUGUCGCAGUUUGUCUACCCACCACGGGCAUUUGCAGAUGAGGUUGAAAAUGAAAAUGCCGAAGGAGUUUGGGGAUACCUCAUUCCUUUGGAUGACAAAGUCGACAGUCCCUUUGUGUUGAAGAAGCGAGAAGCCUGUGCAAAUGAUGAUCCAAGCAAACAAAGGUCGGGCAAAAGGCCCCAGGGUCGGGCACCUGGUGGCUAUCUCAUUGGACGCCAUCCGGAAUGUGAUUUGAUUAUUGAAAGUCCCACAAUCUCCAAUCGCCAUUUUCUUCUUUUUGACGAAAAAAGGAGAGGCGAUGUGGUCGCCAUUUUAGAAGAUCUUUCCAGCAACGGAACCUUUGUGAAUGAUGCGCUCGUGGGCCGAAACAAGCACCGCGAACUAGAAGACGGUGAUGAAGUAUCCAUUCUGAAUGAGGCCCGCUUCGUAUUUCGAUACCCUCGUACUCGAGACACUAAUCGCUUCCACCAACAAUAUCAAAUCAAUCGGCAGCUUGGUAAAGGUCACUUUGCUACAGUUUACCUCUGUAUGGAACGGGCCACAGGGAAGAAGUUUGCCGCAAAGGUCUUUGAAAAGCGCCCUGGGGAGUCUCAAAGAUCUCUUUCCCAAACGGACACCUUGCAGAAAGAAAUCGCAAUCCUCAAGGGAGUCGAGCAUGUGAAUCUGCUUUGCUUGAAGGAAGUGUUCGAUGAAAAUGACGGGGCCUAUCUCGUCCUCGAGCUAGCUCCCCAGGGUGAACUGUUCAAUUACAUCGUGGCAAAUCAAAAGUUGACAGAAAGGGAAACUCGACAUGUGUUCCAGCAACUCUUUGAGGGACUCAAAUAUUUGGUAAACUCACCUCAAAUUCUCAGAGAUGAUGCGGAAGUAGCUGACAAUUUUAUUCAGCAUGAUCGAGGAAUUGUGCAUCGAGAUAUCAAGCCAGAAAACAUCCUUUUGGCCGACGACAGUUUGAAGGUCAAACUCGGUGACUUUGGUCUUGCAAAGAUCAUUGGAGAGGACUCGUUCACAACAACCCUUUGUGGCACACCAAGUUAUGUUGCUCCUGAGAUACUGGAGGAAUCGUCCAAGCGCCAGUAUACCAAAGCUGUUGAUAUAUGGUCACUCGGGGUUGUGCUUUAUGUCUGCCUUUGUGGGUUUCCACCAUUCUCCGAUGAACUAUGCACUCGAGAGUAUCAAUACAGGCUCGCUCAACAGAUCAAGCUGGGAAAAUUCGACUAUCCAUCGCCUUAUUGGGAUUCUGUUCAAGACUGGGCUCUGGACCUUAUUGACCGCAUGCUCUGUGUGGAUCCAGUUAAACGAUACACAGUAGAACAGUGUCUUGAACACCCAUGGGUUACGGAGAAAUAUCCCAAGCUUACCGACAGCACGGAUGGACUGACUGGUGCCCUGAGCAAUUUGGACUUUUCUAAGCGCAAGAUGGAGCGAGAACGGACUUUGCUCAGCAGUAUCAACGAAGUCAGCUCCACUGCGUGCGAGGAAGAGGAAAACAAAAAGCCCGUGAAUGCUCUUUCCAAGACUAUUCACAAUCAGCCAGCAAAGGCCCGCGAGCCAUCUCCUGGUGGAGAUAGUGCCCCCAAGGACUUCAUCAAUCUUGGAGAAGGGGGUGAUGCACCUUUGUACGACAAUUGA